UCAAUUUGAAUAUGAGUUUGCGCGGAAAUUGUCGGUGUUGGGCUUUGAAAUUGCAGUGCCGUUUGUGAAUUGAUUGUUCAUUUAUUUUCAUUUGUUUCCGAAAUUUGUAAAGUGUGAAAAACAAAAUGCAGCGUGACAUCACUUCGUUCUUCAAGCGUACGGCACCCUCAAAGAAGAUUGAAACUUCGAAUGAUGAAGAGGAAGUGCAGAAGGUUAAAAAAAAGAAACGCACAGCUCGAGUAAUUUCCAGCGAUGAAGAUGAUGUCCAAGAAAGCCCAAACAUGGCUAGAAAAACACCGGCCAGCAAAAAAAAGCGUAUAGAGGAGAAGUCGCCGCACGAAAAUAAAACACAUGCCAAUAAGAAACCAACCUUGUCAAAAUUAAAGAUCUCGCCUACAAAAAAAGUUAAACCAGUUGAUCCCAAUGCGCUUUUCGGAGGGGAAACUUUGCGUGUUGAGGCCAAAAAGCCGCCCGUUCCCAAGAUAGCAGCUUUAAUUGAAUUGGAGGAUGAAGACAUUGACAAGAGUCUAAUGGAAGUUGAGCUAGAUGAACCUGUGCAAGUUGUAAAGUCGGAAAAAAAUAGAAAGCACGAAGAGCGACGUUCAAAAUCGAAGACUCCACGGAAAAGUCCUGACAAGGAGAAACUUACACCUACUAAGAAGGAAAAACAAGGAAUAAAGCCGGACAAACUCACACCGAAAGCGGUUGAGAAAGAGAAACAGAAAAAUGUUGCAACUCCUAAGACAGAGCUCAAAAAAGAAAAAAACACGCCGAAGCCCAAAAAGCAGUUAUCGGAAGAUCUGGAAAGCAGUGUGUUAUCUGAUGAAGACCGCCAUGAACGAAAACGCAUGGCAGCCAUACUCUAUCAGAAAUAUAAAAAUCGCACAAGCGUUAUUAAUCCAGGGUCCAAGGAUGUGCCAAAGGGUGCACCAAAUUGCUUGGCGGGACUUACAUUUUUGGUUACUGGUGUGUUGGAAUCUCUGGAGCGUGAUGAAGCAGCGUCAAUAAUAAAAGAAUUGGGCGGAAAAAUGAUGACCACUGUAGGCAAAAGGCUAAAAUACUUAAUUGUUGGUGAAGAAGCUGGGCCCAAAAAAUUAGCGCAGGCUGAAGAAUUUGGUAUAAGUGUUUUAAGUGAGGAUGGGCUCUUUGACUUGAUUCGUGAAAAAUCAGGCAAUCUUCCAGAAAAGGUAGUAAAAGAAGAGGAAAAUGGAAAUAAUAAAACAAAAGAAUCAAAAUUAAACAGUCCCAAAAAGCAAAAGAAUAAAAGCCAAGACAAAUUGCAUAUCGCAUCUCCAGAAAAAAGAAUUAAAUUGGAAAAAAGUCCUAAAGAAGAGAAGAACAGCAUCGAAAAGUUGGCUAUAAAAACAGAAAAACAGGAAGUUGAAAAAGAUCACGACGAAGUAUGUGAAAAUAAUGUCGAAUCGAAGUCAAAUAUAGAUGAUGCAGUGCUUCCAUGGGUGGACAAAUAUAAACCAACCAAUGUUAAGGAAAUCGUUGGCCAAUUUGGACCCACAAGCAAUGUGUCAAAGUUAACUAAUUGGCUUUCUAAGUGGUACAUAAACCAUGAUGGCAAAAAGAAACUUCAGAAACCAAAUCCUUGGGCUAAAAAUGAUGAUGGCAGCUUUUAUAAAGCGGCAUUAUUAUCGGGUCCACCGGGUAUUGGCAAAACAACAACAGCUACACUGGUUUGUAAAGAACUAGGCUUUGACACAGUUGAAUUUAAUGCAUCGGAUACUCGCAGCAAGCGACUUCUGAAGGAGGAAGUAGCUGAAUUAUUAUCAAACAAAUCUCUAUACGGUUAUUUUCAUGGCGAAGGGAAAAAGGUUACAAAAAAGCACGUACUUCUUAUGGACGAAGUCGAUGGCAUGGCGGGUAAUGAAGAUCGCGGUGGUGUACAGGAGCUAAUUGCGCUUAUAAAAGAGGCGUCUGUGCCGAUUAUUUGCAUGUGUAAUGAUCGCAACCAUCAAAAAAUGCGCUCCCUCGUUAACUACUGCUACGAUCUGCGUUUCAAUAAGCCACGCAUGCAACAAAUUAAGGGACGUAUUUUGAGCAUUUGUUGCAAAGAAGGCUUCAAAAUUGAUAGUGAUAAAGUGGAUGAAAUAAUUGAAGCGACUAAUAACGAUAUACGUCAGUCAAUAAAUCAUAUUUCGCUGUUAAGUGCUGGUAAAGAUUUAAAAUUGCUUUCAAAAGGAGCCAACAAAACGGCAGAGAAGGACUUGAAAAUGGGCCCUUGGGAGGUGGUGCGCAAAGUAUUCUCCGCAGAAGAGCAUAAGAAGAUGACGCUCAAUGACAAGUGUGAUUUAUUUUUCCAAGACUACAGCUUGGGGCCGUUGUUCGUGCAACAGAAUUAUUUGCAAGUGUCGCCCGUUGGCGCCAAAUCAGAAAUACCAGCUAAGGUUGCCCUUACCGCAGAUGCCUUAAGUUUGGGGGAUUUAGUGGACAAGCGCAUACGCUCCAAUUCAGCUUGGUCGUUGCUGCCAACGCAGGCCGUGUUUAGCUCGGUAAUGCCGGGCGAGUAUAUGAGUGGUCACUUCACAGGGCAAAUAAACUUCCCUGGUUGGUUAGGCAAAUAUUCGCGAACCAAUAAGCGUAGUCGUUUAGCUCAAGAAAUUCACGAUCACACCCGCUUACGCACCUCUGCAUCGCGCCAGUCAAUUCGUCUUGACUACGCACCUUUUCUACUAUCGAAAAUUGUACUUCCGCUAAAAGAGAAGGGAAUGGAAGGCGUUGAAGAAUCGCUGGGUGUGCUUAAAGAAUACCAUCUAUUACGCGAAGAUAUCGAAUCACUAAUUGAGCUUACUGCUUGGCCUGGCAAGAAGGGCUUAAUGGACGCAGUGGAUGGUCGCGUGAAGGCUGCGUUAACCCGCGCAUAUAAUAAAGAAGUACUAGCCUAUUCGUAUUCAGUUACUGCAGGUAUUAAGAAGAAAAAAUCUGAGGCCAAUGAAGAGAGUGAAUUGUACGGUAUGGAAUGUGAAGGGGAAGGAGAAGGGAAUGCCCCAGUUUCGGAUGAGGAAGAGGAUACGAUAGAAAAUGAUGGUUUGAUUAAGGCGAAGAAGAGCUCAGGAACCACAUCGUCAUCGAAAACUAAGGCGAGUACGGCAAAAGCCAAGCCUACGGGAAACAGUUCUACUACUAAAAAAUCCACAGCCAAAACGGCGUCUACUAAGGCAAAGAAAUAAUCUGUAACAAAAUAUGUAUCAGAUUAUAAAUUCAUUAUUAUUUAUGUUUUUUUGAAUUAUACAAUAAUUAGAUUUUAUUGUAAUCGUUGGUUGCAUCCAUUUGAAUAUAUAUUUACUUGCUUUCAAACAUA